CCUCCUAACGCUGCGGUGCUUCCUCUGCAGCUGUGCCGACUCCCCGAGACUCCUCGCACCUCCUCCGCGCCCAGGUUUUUCAUAUAAUGGCAACCCUACGGGGGAGGACAAAGAAAAAGGCACCUUUUGAUCAUUCACCAGAUAGCCUACCUUUGAGGAGCUCCGGUCGGCAGGCAAAGAAGAAAGCAACGGAGCCAGCAGACGAGGAGGAGGACGGUGGGUCAGAGAAGAAGUACAGGAAGUGCGAAAAGGCAGGCUGCACGGCCACGUGUCCCGUGUGCUUCGCCAGUGCUUCCGAGAGAUGUGCCAAAAAUGGCUACACCUCCCGAUGGUAUCACCUCUCCUGCGGAGAGCAUUUCUGUAAUGAAUGCUUUGACCAUUACUACAGAAGCCAUAAAGAUGGAUAUGACAAAUAUACCACAUGGAAGAAAAUAUGGACUAGCAAUGGCAAAACAGAACCUAGUCCCAAAGCAUUCAUGGCAGAUCAGCAGCUCCCCUACUGGGUGCAGUGCACAAAGCCCGAGUGCAGGAAGUGGAGGCAGCUCACCAAGGAGAUCCAGCUGACUCCACAGACAGCGAGGACUUACCGAUGUGGCAUGAAGCCAAACACUGCCGUGAAGCCUGAGACCUCAGAUCACCGUCUCCUGCCUGGCUCGUUGCAGAGAGUGUCAGAAGUUUCCAACCACUGGUGGUACUCCAUGCUCAUCCUACCUCCUUUGCUGAAAGACAGCGUGGCCGCGCCCCUACUGUCCGCCUACUACCCCGACUGCGUCGGCAUGAGCCCCUCCUGCACCAGCACGAACCGCGCGGCCAGCCCGGCCAAGCUGGAGCCGUCCAAGGCAGCCCUCUCCGUGCCCGGUAUGAACCGUUACUUCCAGCCUUUCUACCAGCCCAACGAGUGCGGCAAAGCCCUGUGCGUGCGGCCCGACGUGAUGGAGCUGGAUGAGCUGUACGAGUUCCCCGAGUACUCCCGCGACCCCACCAUGUACCUGGCCCUGCGCAACCUCAUCUUGGCGCUCUGGUACACCCGCUGUCGAGAAGCUCUGACUCCUCAGAAAUGUAUUCCUCACAUCAUUGUUCGGGGUCUUGUGCGCAUCCGAUGUGUUCAGGAAGUGGAGAGGAUACUUUAUUUUAUGACGAGGAAAGGUCUCAUCAACACAGGCGUUCUCGGCGUGGGAGCCGACCAGUAUCUUCUUCCUAAAGACUACCACAAUAAAUCAGUCAUUGUUGUUGGAGCUGGUCCUGCAGGAUUAGCAGCUGCGAGGCAACUGCAUAACUUUGGAAUUAAGGUGACUGUCCUAGAAGCCAAAGACAGGAUUGGAGGCCGAGUUUGGGAUGAUAAGUCUUUCAAAGGUGUCACUGUGGGAAGAGGAGCACAGAUCGUCAAUGGCUGUAUUAACAACCCCGUAGCACUGAUGUGUGAACAACUUGGCAUCAGCAUGCAUAAAUUUGGAGAAAGAUGUGACUUAAUUCAGGAAGGUGGAAGAAUAACUGACCCCACUAUUGACAAGCGCAUGGAUUUUCAUUUUAAUGCUCUCUUGGAUGUUGUCUCUGAGUGGAGGAAGGAUAAGACUCAGCUCCAAGAUGUCCCGUUAGGAGAGAAGAUAGAGGAGAUCUACAAAGCUUUUAUAAAGGAAUCCGGCAUCCAGUUUAGCGAGCUCGAAGGGCAGGUGCUUCAGUUCCACCUCAGCAACCUGGAAUAUGCCUGCGGCAGCAACCUCUACCAGGUGUCCGCGCGCUCCUGGGACCACAACGAGUUCUUCGCCCAGUUUGCUGGUGACCACACUCUGCUGACGCCUGGCUACUCCGUCAUCAUGGACAAACUGGCUGAGGGGUUAGACAUUCGGCUGCAGUGUCCAGUGCAGAGUAUCGAUUAUUCUGGGGAUGACGUGCAGGUCACCACCACCGACGGCACAGGGUGGUCUGCGCAGAAGGUGUUGGUCACUGUCCCACUGGCCUUACUACAGAAGGGUGCCAUCCAGUUUAACCCGCCGCUGUCAGAGAAGAAGACGAAGGCCAUCAACAGCCUGGGCGCUGGCAUCAUUGAGAAGAUCGCCUUGCAAUUUCCUUACAGAUUUUGGGACAGUAAAGUGCAGGGGGCUGACUUUUUCGGUCACGUUCCUCCGACCGCCAGCCAGCGCGGGCUUUUUGCUGUGUUCUAUGACAUGGAUCCUCAGAAGAAGCAGAGCGUGUUGAUGUCGGUGAUUGCUGGUGAGGCCGUGGCGUCCGUCCAGAGCCUGGAGGACAAGCAGGUGCUGCAGCAGUGCAUGGCCACCCUCCGGGAGCUGUUCAAGGAGCAGGAGGUCCCAGACCCCACAAAGUAUUUCGUCACUCGGUGGAGCACAGACCCGUGGAUCCAGAUGGCGUACAGUUUUGUGAAGACGGGUGGAAGUGGUGAGGCCUAUGACAUCAUUGCUGAAGAGAUUCAAGGCACCGUCUUUUUUGCUGGCGAGGCAACCAACAGGCAUUUUCCACAAACUGUUACAGGGGCAUAUUUGAGUGGUGUUCGAGAAGCAAGUAAGAUUGCAGCAUUUUAAAUGCAGUUUGUGUGGACCCCUUUCUUCUGUACCCCGAGUGGGAAAGUCUGAAACAUGGGUUAAGCCAGUCUUGUCAGGGGGAGAAAAACCUCUGGAAAGCAAAAGUAAAGUAAAAAUAUUAUGUACACCCAGCUCACUACUCUGAAAAUGCUGACCUUCAAAAUCCUUAAAAAACACUUAUUUAAUGGCAUUUUCCAACUUGUGCUGAAAGUCUGAUUUCAGAGUAAGGCAGAAUUAACCUUGAACAGGUACCUGGGGGUUUCUACUGGGGUGGGAGGUCCCCCAGCAGAGCUGCCAUUUUGUUUGGCUUGCCAAUUUUCAUAGUGAGAAACCAAAUCAGACAGGAAUUUGAAAACCAGAUAAAAGCCAUGUUUUCCUUCUGUGACAAUUUAUCAAUAUCUUUACCAAUGAGCCUUAAUAUUUUUAUGUAGCUCCAAUACGGAGCUUUUACUUAAAAUUUAGAUAGGAUGUUUUCUUUUUUGAUACAGCACAAACUCUCCAAUUAAACGGAAGCUUCCAGAUUAUAUUUAACAUAUUUCUUCCCACUGGAUAUUAAAAGAAAAAUUCAGGUAUCUUUUGUGAUAAAGUACUUUACAUUAGUGUGAUCACUGGCAGAACAGAAACAUUUCCAACCCCAUUAUUGGUGUAGGUAUUCUGACAUUGAGAAUGGGUACAGAUGGCGUGGUCUUUGCACUAUAGACACAGAAUACAGACUUUUUCUUGAGCCGAAUUGGAUGGGUCACUCUUAAUUUCAGCAACCAUUAGCAAGAAGAUCUUGCCAGAAUAAUAAAAGCCUUUCCUCACUUUUUAAAAUAAUUGAUUCAGUCUCUAAAAAAAUAUUGUUCAUAAUUGUUUAUUGUAGUCCAUAGGCAGGUCCGCUGGAAAACAGAAAAACGUGUGCUGUCCUGGUAAAUCUUACAUUUUAUAAGCCGUAUCCUAAAAGCCUGAGAAUGUGGCAAACGCUUUUUCCUUUUUUCACCUAUAACAAAAAAUAGUAUAUCAUUUUAAAUUACUUACUGGUUUCAGGGUCUUUAGGAUACCUAUUUUGCUAAGAAACUUCAGUUUACAGAUUAGAGAUGCUUUUAGUCUUUGAAGAGCUUUUUCAUUUAUCGGUCUGCUUUAAAAAGGGACUAAAAAUUUGGCCACUUUUCAAAACAGCAGGUAUUUUUGAAAUUUAAAAGUCAGCUUGUACGUAAAAAGUAAAUAUUCUAUCUACGGUGUGCUUAAAGACCUCCCCAUCACAGUAUACUAUAACAGGAGAAAGCCAAUAGCGGUAUGUUUCAAAGUUAUCAUAAGAAAACAUUAAGGUCUAGGUUAUUUGUUGAGAUUCAUUGGUAUGGAGUGGGAAGUAUUGUUUCAAAGUGUUGUAUUAAAAUGUUUAAAUAGCAUGUGUUGAAUGAUAAAUACGUAAUAUGUUAAGUUUGAAAUGGUUCACAGUAAAUUAUUACUUUAGUUUCUUGGCACUUAAACUUGUACUGUGCUACAAGUAGGAAAAUAUAUGGUAAAUGUAUAUUUAAGAAAAAAAAAAUCCUAUUUCGAGGGACAUGCUUAAUUUGACAUUUUUAUUUUUAGGGACCUUAACCACAGGUACUUUUUCUUGAGUUAUUUUGAGUAUGUUUUUCAAUGUUAUCUGAAGAUUUUGUUUUUUACCUGAGUAGCAGUGAAUACACAAAUUGAUGGUGUCUUAACUGCAGAUUAUGAAUAGUUGGUCCUGUACAAUUGCUUAAUAAAACCAGACUUGUUUUUCAAAUACA